AUGCGCUUGUUUAAUUUUUUUUCGUGCUCCGCACGCAGUGAAAAUGAUAUUGUUCCCGAAAAAGGUAACAAAGAAAUUGAAAGUCAAAGGUGUGCACCUGAAAAAGGAAGUCAAUGGUUACAGUUUAUCGCAGCAAUCAGUGCUUGCCUAGCAGUUAUUGCCUGUGGAGGUCAUCUCGGGUGGACAUCUCCAGCUUUGCCUCAUCUGACAGACCCAAGCACCCAAGGCUCGAUAACCAAGAGUCAAGGUUCGUGGGUGAUGACCUUGUACACAGGUGGUGCAAUAAUCGGGUCACUGAUAAGUCCCGUGAGCAUAGAUCGGAUUGGACGAAAAUAUUCGCUUCUACUACUGGCUUUUCCCCAGCUUGUUGGCUGGUGCCUCAUUAUCUUUGCCAGCAACGUUAAAAUGCUGUACGCUGCACGGUUAAUUGCUGGAAUUGGACACGGUGGUAUUUAUAAUGUCACGGUAAUUUAUCUCGCGGAAAUAGCGGAUAAAAAUAUUCGGGGUGCUCUGGGGACAUUUUUGAAAAUGUCGACAAAUGUGGGGACACUAUUCGUGACAGCAAUAGGGGCUUAUUUGCCGUACUGGCAGCUGAAUCUAAUUUCACUUUCAAUACCGCUGUUGUUUAUAAUGGUCUUUGUGUUUAUGCCAGAGACGCCGUACUUUUAUUUAAUUAGAAAUCGAGUGGCCGACGCGGAGAAAAGUUUGAUGGUCCUCAGGAGAUUGAAGAAUCGAGAGAGUGUGAGGGAGGACAUUGAAGUGAUGAGAAGUGCCGUCGAGGAGGGCAAGAGGUCAAAGAAAAAUUUAUUUUUGGAAUUAGUGAGGACUCGUGGUAAUAGGAGGGCAUUGUUGAUACUAUUGGGGCUUAAAGCGACUCAACAGUUUUCGGGACAUAUAGUUGUAGUGGCUUACACUCAAGAGAUAUUUGCUCUAAGUGGCUCGGAUUUGCCGGCAGCGCAGGCAGUAGUUGUCCUCGGAGUAUUUCAGCUGGUAGCUGGGAUCCUUGCUGCGGCUCUUGUUGAUCGGCUUGGCAGAAGAAUUCUGAUGCUUACCUCUGGUCUGUCAUCCUCACUAGCCCUGAUCGCGGUUGGUGUCUUCUUCUUCCUUCAGUACAAACUUCAGAUGGACGUAUCAUCGAUAACCUGGCUGCCACUCGUGGCUCUGAUUGCUUACGACGUAAUGGAAGUUUUUGGUAUCGGUACUCUGCCCUACGUUCUCCUGGGUGAGUUGUUUCCGACGAAUGUUAAAGGAACUGCUGUCGGAAGUGGUAUCUUAGUCGGGGCAGCCUUUGCUACACUCGUUGGUCUUAGUUUUCGAGCAAUGAACAGCGCAUUCGGAAUCCAUUGGACAUUUUGGAUUUUUGCCAUCUGUUGUACCCUGGGUACUCUCUUUGUGUAUUUUAUUAUGCCUGAAACGAAAGGAAAAUCAUUGGAAGAGAUCCAGCAGGAGUUGAAUCCGAAAAAAAAGUUUACGAGCAAACAUUGA